CUUCACUCUGCCCACCGCUUCUUUUAAUUAUCUAAUUUUCUGCGAACGGCGGUGCUUUCAGCCGCCAUCACCUGAUUGAUCGCAAUUUAAUUAAUUCCCAUUGUUUGAUUGUUUUUACUGAGUUGAACCCUUCUUCUCCAUCCCUCAAUUCCACUGAAGUGCCUUACCCACCGUUAACCCCUACUUUUCUGGUCCUGGAAUGUAGGCGCAUUCCCCGAUCAUUCACAAGCAACAACUUCCAUUCAGAGCGAGAAAGCCAAGUCAGGAUCCAUCCGGUUUCUUAGAAGUUGAAUCGCGGGGCAUUUCGACUUGCGCGCUUGAUUUCGGAGGAUUGAUAAACGUGAGGGAAGAACGCGAAGAAGAGGAUGGCCUCAUUCAUCACCACCAUGUCGGUUCCCACUGAUUCUGUUGUUUCUACUGCUGCUUCUCCCCCACCAUCAUCACCCCAGCUACCCCUCCCACGGAACCCCUCCGUUCUCUACAACACGGUCCACAUCUCCCGUGUGCCUCUCAUAGAACCUCCUUCUUACCUGUCGCCUGUUGUUCGCGCGCUGAAAAAUGGAACUUGUGGACUAACACCUCCCAGCAAUGCACGCACGCGAGCGCCCUUCAAACCCCGGUCGGCGGCAAAAGGUACGAGCAGUUACCAGCUGAGACAAUUUGCAGAGGCGACACUAGGGAGUGGGAGUCUCAGAAAGGCGGUAAGGCUUCCAGAAGGGGAGGACUUGAACGAAUGGCUUGCAGUGAAUGUGGUGGAUUUCUACAAUCAAAUCAAUCUUCUCUAUGGCUCGAUUACAGAAUUUUGUUCGCCUCAGUCAUGCCCAGAGAUGAAGGCGACAGAUGAGUUCGAGUACCUUUGGCAAGACUCGGAGAACUUCAAGCGGCCGACUAAAAUGUCCGCGCCCGAGUACAUCGAGCACCUGAUGAGCUGGGUUCAGAGUAAUAUCGAUAACGAGCAAAUGUUUCCCAGCCGGCUGGGCGUUCCGUUUCCCAAAGCUUUCACCAGUCUCAUCCGUCAGAUCUUCAAGCGGUUAUACCGGGUGUAUGCACACAUCUACUGCCACCAUUACCCUGUCAUCGUGCAUCUGGGACUCGAGCCCCAUUUGAAUACGAGUUUCAAGCACUACGUGUUGUUCAUUGACGAACAUCGGCUAGCGAUUGGGAAAGAUUUCUGGGGACCGUUGGGGGAUCUGGUUGAGAGUAUGCUGCGGAGCGAUUAACGGGGAUGUUCGGUUGACUUGGCAGAUGAGGAUCUAGGUCGGUCGCGGUGGUGAUGAUCGGAUGGAGCUGAAUCCACCCAAUGCACGAGAAUGACGGCGUUUGGCUGGUGACGUUUUUCUUAAAGCAUUUGCGUUUAUUGAAAAGGAGCUUUAAUUAUUCUGUUUUGUUAGAUUUUGUUAGACACACCAGGCAAUUCCCGUAUGGCGUUUAAAAAGAUGUCAAUAUAAUUAGAGAAAAACAAGAGAGUGGUGUGUUUGUUACUUGUACUUGUACUGUAGCCGAAAAACCCGGCGUGUGCGGGAACUCACG